UUCCGACUAGAAACAAGGAACCACACUGUAUUGUAAAGAGCACCUACAGUAAAUCACUGCAAAAUACGGUUUAUUUUGCUGUUAUAGUCCGGGUGGUGGUUUAAGGUUGGCGAGGCACACCGUAUUGGAUUAGUGGCACUGUGCACUAAGCAAAUAGGAGAACCGGUCAAGAGAAGGAGAAGGCGACAGGACACACAGCUCGCCUGUGAGCACACAGCAGUGGGACCAGUGGUCCAUGUUUUGCAGUGCCGAGGUUUCAGCUGACAAGUGAGGGAAGAUGGGCCUGCUGUCUGACCCCAACCGCAGGAGAGCCCUGACCAGCCUGCUGACCCGACUCAACACGCCUCUCUGCGUGCUGUGCUACCUCGCUGGCGUGGCCUGGUUCAUGGGCUUGGCGUUUGAGCCCUUCACUCUGCGCACCUACAUGUCCGAGAACGCCAUGGGCUCCACCAUGGUGGAGGAGCGCUUCACCGGGGGCGAGCGGGCACUGUCGGCUGCCAGGGAGUUCGCCGUACACAAGAAGAAGGCAGGUGGGAUGCCAGUGGAGUGGCUGGUGCAGGCCAUGCAGAGCCGGGGCCUGGAGGUCUACACUCAGACCUUCUCCCGGACACUGCCCUUCCCUGACGAGAGCAAGGAGAGAUAUAUGGUGAAAGGCACGAAUGUCUACGGUAUCCUGCGUGCCCCCCGAGCGCCGCGGACUGAGUCUCUGGUUCUGAGUGCCCCCUGCAGUCCAGGCACAGCCAACAACCAGGCUGUGGGGCUGCUGCUGAGCCUGGCCCAGUACUUCAGAGGUCAGAUCUACUGGGCGAAAGACCUGAUCUUCCUGGUGAAUGACCAUGACCUGAUCGGCAUGGAGGCCUGGCUGGAGGGCUACCACGAUGUCAACAUCACAGGCAUCAGCGCCCAGCCCCUGCAGGGUCGUGGGGGCUCAAUUCAGGCAGCCCUGUCUCUGGAGCUCAGCAGUGACGUCAUCACCAGCCUGGACUUGGUGCUGGAGGGUUUGAAUGGGCAGCUGCCCAACCUGGACCUGACAAACCUCUUCUAUGCCUUCUGCCAGAAAACAGGCAUCCUCUGUACCAUACAGGGCAAGCUCCAGCGCAAUGACUGGGACACCGUAGCUGGGUACACCCACUCAGUGCAGACAAUGCUGCUGAUGGUCCUGCGCCAGGCCAGCGGGCGGCCUUGGGGUGAUCACGGCCUCUUCCUCCGUUACCACAUCGAGGCUGCCACAGUGCGUGGCAUCAACAGCUUCCGUCAGUACAAGACGGACAUCACCACAGUGGGCAAGCUGCUGGAGGGGAUGUACCGGAAGCUAAAUAACCUGCUGGAACGUCUGCAUCAGUCCUACUUCUUCUACCUGCUGCCCUCGCUCUCUCGCUUCGUCUCCAUAGGCUACUACAUGCCAGCCUUUAGCCUGCUGGCUCUCAUACUGCUGCUGCGAGCUCUGGACCUCUGGGUGCAGCUCAGCACCCCGAUAGCUGGCCUGGAAGAUGGAACUGUAGAAGGAGAAGAGGUAUCCGGCCCAGGUGUACUCUCCUUGGUGACGCCAGUGUUAAUCAGUCAUCUGACAGGAGUUGCACUCUACAUCCUACCUGUGCUGUCCCAGCAUGCAGCAGUGCAGCAUUUCCCUGUGUCUGAGACAGAGGCUGUGGUGCUGACUGCUAUCACCAUCUACGUCGCCGGGCUGGCACUGCCACACAACACUCACAGGGUGCUGUCCGGGGAGGGUACAGAGCGUGGCUGGCGGUUGUUGAAGCUGCUGGGGCUGCUCUACCUGGCUGUGCUGCUCGGCUGCACCGCCCUCAUCAACUUCUCACUAGGCUUUAUCCUGGCCCUCACACAGGUGCCCAUCGCAGCUUUAAUCACCCCUCAUGUUCCCAGGCUCCUGUGUGCCGGUGCCAUGAUCCUGCUCAGCCCGGGCUGCACCCUCCUGCUGUGCCUCUUCCUGUACCAGGAGUUGCAGGAGGCCCCGCUGACACUGCUGGAGGGAUGGGGACUGUUCCUGUCAGCCGUCUCGCAGGGCAUCCUGGACCACCACCUCUAUGGCUCACUACUCUACCCCUUGCUGGCCCUUUUCAUCUUCCCCUGCUGGCUGCUGCUCUGGAACAUCCUCUUCUGGAAAUAAGACGGCACUUGUGCUCCUUUCCCAGCUCCUCCAAAACGCCUGCCUUCACACUCUACCGCCCUCCACGACUCCUGCGAGAGAGCAAGCACUGAAGAGCAAGCACUGGAGCAGAGCAGAGCAGGAGGAGGGUGGGUGGGAAGAGAUGGAGAGUGGUGGUGGACAAGCAGAGCAGUGUGGACUAAUGUUAAAGCUGAGGGUCUGAGAGAGUGGACAGUGGUGUGGGGUCAUUAUCAGAAAUGAGGGUCUGAGAGAGAAGACAGCAGUGUGGGGUGAUUGUCAGUCCUGGGCCACUGGGAGAGCAGACAGGGGUGUGGGGUAAUUGUCAGAGCUAAGGCUCUGGGAGAAUGGACAGUGGUGUGGGGGAACUUCAGAGCAGAGGGUCUGAGGGUUAGGGUUAGAACUGAAGGACAGGUGACCUGACACAGAAGCACUACUUUGCCAAUGGGGAAGCAGAGAAGUGUCUCUUGUAACUUCCACAGUGCUGUAGCCUCAUCUUGACCCUCACUGCUAUGCAGGAACCAGCCAGAAUAACUGGGGAUAGAGCUCUGUCGUUCACAUUCACUUGCCUCAUUAUUAUGUUUUUUUUAAAGGUUCUAUCAGCCUUUUUUUUAAAUUAAUAAAACACCUGGGUUUUGGAUUGACA